AUGAAGUUCUCUCAUCUCUUGCCUUUUAUUGGGCUAGCCCGAGCAGUCCCAGCUCCAAACCCUUCUCACCCUUCUAUUUUUGACAAUCCAACUAUUCCCAUUGGCGAUCCAGCUUUCUUGAAGGACCUGCCCGCCUUGUCGCACGUCCGGCGAGCUGCUGCUGCAGCGCAGCAGACCUUUCUUAAUGUUUCAUACUGUGAUGUGACCGUCAACGGUGAACCCGGCUUUUACCAGUCAUGGAAAGCACGAAACACCCAAGGUCGCUUGUACAUCACUGAAGGAAUUCCUUCUCCUGGCACAAAGAACGGCGCCAAUAUCUUCGACGUGUAUUUGCAAAGCGGCAGUCUCCUUUCAGGAGGAGGCAUCACAUUCACCACCAACAAAUAUCUACUCUCGCUGCCAUACAAGCUUGGUCCUUCUAAUGUCGACUACGCCACAGUCAGGAUGUCGAGCGAUGGCUAUAUCGCCUCUUUGGUUGACUACUCCAAUAUCGACAACCCUGGGGCUAACUCACCGCUCAUAUUCACCUCUGAGCCGAACAUUGGUAAUGGGGGAGUAAAUUAUGGCCCUCCCACUAGAUAUGUGGCCUACGAAUCAUCUAGGCUUCUUGUCAAGGUUGGCGACAAGGGAGUUGUUGACGGGUUUGUUCAGCUGACCAGCGUUGCUGGUGGGUCCCCUCGGUACGCUGCUCGUAUUACUGGAUAUUGUAUGAACGGUCGUACCCCUGUCGCAGUCUGA